UUCUGUAUCCCUAUGGACGAAAUCCCUCACUUUGUGGCAAACCUGUCAGGAAGUGAACAACCACGCGAUGCUGCAUGGUAAAAGGAUUUGGCGGAUUGUUUUUUCGCGGUGGUCGUGAAAAUUCGGGGUGAGACAUGCGGUAUUUGUGACAAUCGUCUGUAACGUAAACCGAGAAGAUUCUGCUUUCGGAAUGUGCGAUAAGCAUUGGGAGGCUUUAGCCGAAAUCUACAUCGCGGAUAAAAACUCGUCUGAUCCAGACGAUUACAUUUGUUGUCUGUGCAGCAGAUUAUAUAUCCGGACUUCUGAAACUCGCACAAUUUUAGCUUCUGAAGAUGCUAGUGAAGGGGAAGAUAUUGAUGGGGACUGUGUGGGUGAGAUGGUGGAUAUUGGCAAGGGAUCAGGGAUAGAGACACAAUCUAUAGAAAAACAUGAUGAAGAACCAGUAAGCUGUUAUUGCAGUGCAUCUCACACAGAUAACUAUUACUCUACAGAUGAACAUGAUUCUGUACGUGAUUCAGCUCACUGGCCCGCUGCACAUUCCCUGACUCAGAAGCUUGGUCUGCAUCAGUCUGAUUCUGGUGCAGACCUAUCUGAAUAUCACGAUCAGCAUGAGGCAAAAAGUAUACAGAAUCUUGUAGCAUCUUAUGGAAAAACUUUUCAAACCACAGAAACUAUGAUAGAAAAUAAUUAUGAAAGUGUAGAUGCAACUGAAUAUAAACAUAUAUCAGGUAGUGACAAGGAAUCCAUGGUGCAAAGUUUAUCAGAUAGUACUACUAUAUCAAAUAAGGAAACACAUGAAAAGGAUCUCACCUCUUAUAUGCAAUUUGAGUCUGAUUCUUACACUUAUCCUUAUUCCGCGUUUUGCGGAAGUAAUAAAAGUGAAAUGGAUACAGAAUGGGGAAAGUUUUGGGGCAAGAAUGGAGAGCAAAUAAUAUGGAAAUCUUGGCUCGAAAAAUACACGGAUUAUAUCCCUGAUUAUUUUCAGAAUAAUUCGAUAGAAGAUAAAAAGUCACAGGAUAUGGAAAUUGAUGAAGUAGAAGUCGUAGAAAAUUAUUUUGAACAAAAUACAUGUUUUCCAAAUCAAACGCACAAGAAUUGCGAUAAUUCUAACUUUGCAGGCACUUUCAUUCAGAAUAAUUUGAAUGACGAGUUAAAGCCAGCAGCAAUAUCUUCUUCCAAUAGUUUUUUAUUUGAACAAAUGAGCAGACAAGAGAGUAGCGAUAAGGAUGCAGAAGAAAAUAGGAAAAAAAUUAUUAAUUUUGAGAUACUGCAAGAGAAUGGCGAUGGUUGGAAUCCUCUGAGUCCACUCAGUAUAGAAGAGACUUAUAAUCAACAAUCUAAUGCAGAAGAUGAAAGAUUAUUAACAAGAUGCGAUUCUAUUAAUGGCUCAAUAGCAAAGACAAACGCAACUUCCGAUUCCAUGACAAACGUUACUAAAAUGACGUUAACUAGUUCUAGUUGUGAUUCUAAUUCUGUUCAUUCGUUUAGUCUCAUCACUUCCGUUACUAGUUCCAUCGAAAGUAGUAUAACUAGUAGCAGUUCUGAUCAGGAGAACGAAUUUACUAUGGAAGAUAGUGAAAAGUGUUGGCAGUAUCUAUGGAAAGAAAAUUUUCAUACACAAUAUCAAAAACAUUAUGAAAUAUUCAUAGCAAAUUAUCAAAGAGAGCACAAUAUAGAUGGUAUUAAUUGUAUAGAUUAUCCUGAUAACUCUAUUGAACUUCCUAUGUCAUUUGACUCAUUUGAUGAAACCCAAGAGAAUGAAAAUGAAACGUAUUUAGAACCUAAUAAAAUAUGUUUACAAGUUUCAGACAAAUAUGAGACAGAUAUAUGGAAAGAUGAUAAAGACAUAGAUCUUAUAAAACAAGAUGAUAAAAGCACAGUUAGUAUAAAAAAAGGAAAAAAGAACUCAAAAUCCAAAGAAGAGAAAAAAGCAGAAAAGAGAAUUUUGACCUCAGUAGGUACACUUCUGAAAAACUUAGCAAUAAGAGCAAAAGAAUUGAUUGAAGAUAAUGAUGCUGACGAAAAAAUACAUGAAAAUCAGCUAGAAAUUACCAAAAAAGAAACAAUAGCUUCUGUUAUUAGUAAUGAACAAGACUCUUCUACUGGAGAUAAACUUUAUGAAGAUGUUCAAAACGUUCAUCAACUGAGUCACUUUUGUCCUGUUAGUUGCUCAGUGGACUUCGAAGAAGACGAAUCGAGUAGCGAUGGCUUAGAAAGUGUGAAAAAAGCUUUUUGGCAAAUGAAUUACGGCGCAAUCAUUGAAAACGAAAACCAAAGAAAUAUGCAAGGCGAAGUUGUUUACCGAAAACGCAAUAUCAGGCGAUAUACCUCAAAUGGGCUUAAGUAUUCCCAAUUCAUAACAGAAAUAAAACGGAAAAAUGUGAGAAAUGUGAAAUCCAGUGAUGUCGACAUACUAAAGGACGCAGGAGAAAAAAUCAUCGAAGAUACAGCUGAGUUGAGAAAAUAUUUAUCUUAUGAUUCACUGUCAGUACCCUCAGACAAUGUACAGCACAAUGAUAAGGGUUCCUAUACAAAAACACAAAUUACAUCUAGUUCUGAUGAUGAAGAUAGUGUAAGAAACAUGCAAAAGAAAAAAAAGAAGAAGCAGUUCAGAAAACAAAACAAAACCAUUCCAAAAGAAAUAGCUAAUGAUCGGAGGCUAUUUAAGUUUUAUAUCAGACGGCAUGGUUUAUUUAGCAAAUAUGAUGAAGGAAUUAAACUAGACCAUGAGAGCUGGUAUUCCGUAACACCUGAAGAAAUAGCAAAAAACAUAGCAAAGAGAUGUAGAUGUGAUACUAUCAUUGAUGCAUUUUGCGGUGCUGGCAGCAAUAGCAUUCAAUUUGCAUUUACAUGUGAAAGAGUGAUUGCAAUAGACAUCGACCCCAAUAAAAUAGAAAAUGCUCGACAUAAUGCAAGAAUUUAUGGCGUGGAAGAUAGAAUAGAAUUCAUUAUUGGGGAUUUUCUGAAGUUAGCACCAUCUUUGAUCGCGGAUGUUGUAUUUUUAAGUCCACCUUGGGGCGGUCUUGAUUACAAAAAACAAAAAGUAUUUGAUCUUGAAAGUAUCUUGCCUUUUGUUGGCGGAAAAGGUGUUUUUGAAGCAGCUAGAAAAAUAACCGAUCACGUGGCAUAUUAUUUGCCCAAGAAUUCAGAUCCCUUACAGAUGACUAUGUUAGCUGGACGGUACGGUGCAGUGGAAAUUGAGCAAAAUAUAUUUAAUGGGAGAUUUACAGCUUGUACAGCCUAUUAUGGUGAAUUGGCGAGAAUAUAAUAAUUUAAAAGAAGAACAAAGAAGAUUAUACGAUUAUUUUCCACUUCAAUUUUUAGUUUAAGUUUUAUCAGUAUUUGUAAUGAGAUCAGAUUCCAUAGUCUCUUUUUUACAUUUCUGGUCAGCCGAGACUUGGACUUUUAUCUUACAAUAUUAUACUUAAAAGAAUAAUGUAAUUUUAUAAACACUUUUAGUUAUUUUUUA